CGGCCGCCGCCGGGACGGCAGGCGGCCACAGCGCGCAGGAUACGGCCAGCAGAGACACGGAGAGUCCCAGAGAGAGCAUGUCCCUCGGAUCACAGAGCGGACACCCUGAAGUCACGGCAGUGCUGUCGGCGCACAUUCACGGGGACUUAGAUCCACACAGGGACGUGGAUUUCCUGCCGACUGAUGCGUUUUUGCAGACAGCGGGAGGAGCUGCUCUCUUAUUCACACUUUGACCUCCUCCUCCUGCUCUAUCCCUCCUCCUCCUCCUCCUCCCCUCUUGUUCUCCACACUGAAGGUCCAGUCCAGUUCAGAUUAGUUCAGUCCCAUUCGGUCUGGUCCGGUCUGGUCAUGCAGUCCCUGACCCAUGAGAUCCAGAGUUUCUCUCGGACACGGCUGAGGAAGCAGUGCACCCGCGUGACAUCACUGAGCGGCCGUCGUAUCAUCGAGACCUGGAAAGGUGCAACGAUCACUGUGGUCGAAGACUCCGCCACCCCAGAGAAGACACUGGGAUAUGUUCCUGACACUUCCUGGGACCUGCAGGUUGGGAUCAUCAGACCCUACCUGAUGCUGGGUUCUCAAGAUGCUGCACAUGACUUUGGCACCCUGAGGAAGUACAAGGUGUCUCACAUCCUGAAUGUGGCCUUCGGGGUGGAGAAUGUGUUUCCCGACCUGUUCAUCUAUAAGACUGUCAGUAUAAUGGACCAUCCUGACGCUGAUCUGCUGCUUCAUCUGCAGGACAGCUGUGACUUCAUCCAGCAGGCUCGCAGAGAGAAAGGUGUGGUGUUGGUCCACUGUAAUUCCGGCGUGUCACGGGCACCAGCUGUGGUCAUUGGCUACCUAAUGUCAUGUGAGGGCCAGUCCUUCGAUGACGCCCUCUCUUUGGUCAAAUCAGCUCGACCUGCCUCGUCCCCCAACCCUGGCUUCCUGCAGCAGCUGAAGAGCUACAAAACACCAAUGAUGAAUGGAUCCCAACACUAAAGGAUGAAGAGAAAAACACGGAGGGGUUUAAAAACAAAUAAGUUUUAUUUAAUGAGUAUUCAUGCAUUCCUGUAUUUUAGUGAGCAAAUAUUCGGGAGGUUGAUAUAAAACAACUUAAAAAUGGUCUAGACACAACAAACUACAUGCUGGAAAUGUAAAUUUGGCUUCUAUAUACAGACC